AGCAGAGACAGGACGUUAUUAGUUAAGAAGAAAUGAAAAAAUUUGGUGUUUAUAGAUUGUACGAACAUAAUGGCUGAGAUUAAAUCUAUGGAGCAUUCAACGCUCAAAGUUCCUUAUGAAGUUUUAAACAAAAAAUUUCGAGUCGCGCAGAAAAAUCUUGAUCGUGAAUUGGACCAAAUACAGCAUUCUUCGAGGGAUGUUGAAAACCUUAUAACAAGAACUAAAAUCUUACCAACAGUGGAUGAAGUCGGUGCAUUGGUAGGAAAUGUGGUCGAGCGCAUGCAGAUAUUAAAAAGGAAAGCCGGGGAAAGUUUACUGGACGAAUUAAAUGCGGGAUUAGUAUGCAAACGUAAAAUACAACAUUUGAGGGUGCUAGUUCCGCCCGAUUCUAAUGUGUGUUACGACGCUUGGCAAGCCUCAAUAGACCAGUGGAAAAGGGUAUGUUCUUUAAUAAUUCGAAUGGACCGCAUUGUAAUCGAAUAUCUACUCAGAAGAGGAUAUUAUGAAACGGCGGAGUGCCUUGCAAGGAAGUCUGAUAUUCGAAGUUUAACUAAUCUUGAAAUUUUCCACACAUCCAGAGAAGUAGAGGAGGAUCUCUUUAAACAUAAAACUUUAAAAUGUGUUUUGUGGUGCAAUGACAAUAAAUCUAAACUUCGGAAAAUAAAUUCUAAUAUGGAGUUCAGUUUACGCGUUCAAGAAUUUAUUGAACUUGUUCGGAGUGAUAACCGAGUUGAAGCAGUUAAAUAUGCAAGGAAAUAUUUUCAAAGUUUUGAAAAAACACAACUAAGGGAAAUAUGCAAGUGCAUGGCUUUAUUGGCGUAUCAACCAAAUACAGAUACCGAGCCAUACAAAACCUUAUUCAGUGAAGCACGUUGGAACGAUCUGGUUUUAAGUUUUCGAAAUGAAAACUAUCGUUUAUUUCAACUAUCAACUCAGUCUUUACUCAGUGUUGCAAUACAAGCUGGAUUAUCAUCAUUAAAAACACCACAAUGUUAUUCUCCAAACUGCAAAAAUCCUCAUUGCCCUGUUUGUCAAGAAGAUUUCAAUAAAAUCGCUAGGAAUUUGCCAUAUUCACAUUGUGUUCAGAGUCGCCUAAUUUGCAGACUCGUAGUGAACAUCAUGUGUGUGCUAAAAAUUACGACGAAAUGGAGCGUUGCCAUGUGAUAAUAAGAAAAUUCGCUGAAAUUUCUUUUUUCCCAAAAACUCCUCUAUCCAUUCAUAUGGAUAUGUUCUUUAUUUAAUUUAAUAAACAAAUUAGUAAUUGUUGCGUCAUGCGACUUUAUAAAUCAAAAAAUAUAUUUUAAGAACUUAAUUUGUUAAAAUAAUUGUAUGCAUUAUAAAAUUUUUUACAUUAUGUAAAAUACUUACGAAUUUUGUAAUAUACAAGUAUAACCAUAAUCUACUACUUAUGUACUAGAAUAAUCUAUUACAAUGAAUUUAAGAUGCUGAAUUGAAUUAGAACUAUAUACUUGCCCCUUUUUUUGUAUACAUACUUACCUCUAGUCUAAGCCGUUAGGUUAAGAUUUAGGCUAACUAAUGAACUGUUGGAAUAAAGAUUAUCAUUGUAUAAAAGACUAUAAUCGCGAACGGACGUUCUUUUUUAACCGGGAUUUUUUAAACCGAAAUAGCACAGGCAAUUAGCUUUUAGUUGCGCAUACUAGUGAGUCCAACGUGUAGCACUUCAACCUUAAAAAAGCUUAAGGUUUUUUCAUGGCGCCCGAGCAGGGACUCAGUGCGUGGCUGUAAAUAAUUUUCGAAAAAUGUAAUACGUAUUAAUUUAAUUUCUAACGCGUGAGCAAUUGCCUGUGAAUUUUUAAUUUCUUUCGGUUUCGGUCGAGUGCAAGUGACUAAAGUGACAAAUACUAAAAAUAAAUGUCUGGACAAAGACAUUAAAAAUAAAAAUAAAAUAUAUCUACAUAGAUAUACAUACAUAUAUGUAUAUAUAAAAAAUUCAAAAACAGUUUUACAUUAAAAAAUAUACAUAUCGCUCAUUUGCUGCAAGACCGGCAUAAAUCAAAAAAAAAACAAAAAACGUGAUUUUCGAGUUAAUACUGCAGAAUUGUUCGUUAUAUCAUACUUCAUGUUGAGUGAAAAAUUCAUAUGAAUACCUCUUAUAUGCUCCGCUUGAGAAGAGAAUAUGUUUCCUAUUUUCCGUCAGUGGCUUGUAAAAAAUAGAUAAUAGUAUAACACUUGGUGGAUACAUACAUAUAUGUAAAAUAAUUGCGAAGUGCACACAUAUGGACACACACUGAAGUGAAUAAAAACGAAGUGGUAAAUCUAAACAUAAAGGAAAUAAAAUACAAAUUAACCAAAUUAAAAGUUAAAAAAAAAAAAAAAAAAAAAA